AUGAAGCUUGUGGUUUUCAUGUCGUUCUUGCUCAUGCUUUCAUUGUGUUCUUCGGGAUUUGAUCAGGGUCAUCAUGGAGUUACUGAUCAUAGCGACCCAUAUUCUUCGAACAAGGUUGAAGAGACUAUUUAUAGAACGAUGGAUUAUCCAGAUCCAGGCCCAAAUCCAGGACAUGACCCGAAAAUUCCUCCGCCUUCACCUCCGACGAAGAAGGCAUGA